GGUUCAGUGUUCUGUCAGACAGCUCGCUAACACAACCAGGCUGUGUUAUGAUCUCUAUCCAGCAGAUGAUUUCACAGCCGAACCCACGGAGGAUUUCUAUGUGUUAUUAGGAAAGCAGAACUUCAGGACCGAGCCUCAGUUACUUUUUAAAGCCGCUCGCAGUUGCUCUGGGGGGCGGAGUGUCCGCAAAGUGCUGCGCCGAUUGGGGCGCCCGCUUGGAGGAAGAGAGAUGGCGUGCUUGUUGGAGGCCCCUCUCCGCAUCAGUGUUCUAUCUGAAGUCACCGCCACCAGUCGCCAUUAUGUGGACCGUCUGUUCGACCCCGACCCACAGAAGGUGCUGCAGGGAGUCAUUGACAUGAAGAACGCUGUGAUCGGAAACAACAAGCAAAAGGCCAAUCUGAUCGUCCUCGGAGCGGUACCCAGGCUGCUUUACCUUCUCCAGCAAAGCUCCUCCAGCCUGCAGCUGAGGGCCGAGUGCGCCGUGGUUCUGGGCAGCUUAGCCAUGGGAACGGAGAACAACAUCAAGUCCCUGGUGGACUGUCACAUCAUCCCCACCCUGCUCCAAGGUCUCUUGUGUCCAGAUCUGGUCUUCACUGAAGCCUGUCUUCGAUGUCUCAGAACCGUCUUCAUCAGUCCUGUGACGCCUGUCCAGCUGCUGUAUACUGACCCCACUGUGAUUCCUCAUCUGAUGUCUCUGCUGAGUAACUCCCAGAGAACCCAGGAGUACAUCACCCAGAUCUUCUCCCACUGUUGUAAGACCCCGGAGCACCAGACGGUUCUGUUCAACCACGGUGCCAUCCAGAACAUCGCCCCGCUGCUCAUUUCAUCCUCUUAUAAGGUCCGGAUGCAGGCGUUAAAAUGUUUCUCAGUCCUGGCCUACGAGAACACUCUGGUCUCCAUGACGCUGGUGAAUGUGCUGGUGGACGGCGAGCAGCUCCCUCAGGUAUUUGUUAGGAUGAUGCAAAGGGAUCAGCCUGUUGAAAUGCAGCUAACGGCAGCCAAAUGUCUGACCUACAUGUGUCGAGCAGGAGCCAUCCGGACGGACGACGGCUGCAUAGUGCUGAAGACGUUGCCCUGCCUCGUGCGAAUGUGCAGUAAAGAGCAUUUGCUGGAGGAGAGGGUGGAGGGUGCAGAAACCCUCGCCUACCUGAUGGAGCCUGACGUGGAGCUGCAGAGGAUCGCCAGCACCACUGACCACCUGGUGGCCAUGCUGGCCGACUACUUCAAGUACCCCAGCUCUGUGUCCGCCAUCACCGACAUCAAGAGGCUGGACCAUGACCUCAAACAUGCACAUGAGCUGAGACAAGCUGCUUUCAAGCUCUACGCCUCCCUGGGCUCAAACGACGAGGACAUCCGGAAAAAGAUCACAGAGACGGAAAACAUGAUGGACCGAAUAGUUAGCGGCCUAUCAGAGUCCAGCAUUAAAGUGCGGCUGGCAGCAGUGAGAUGUCUUCAUAGUCUCUCGCGGUCGGUGCAGCAGCUGCGGACCAGCUUUCACGAUCACGCCGUGUGGAAGCCGCUCAUGAAGCUGCUGCAGAACGCCCCCGAUGAAGUGCUGGUCAUGGCUUCCUCAACACUAUGCAACCUGCUGCUGGAGUUCUCACCAAGUAAAGAGCCCAUCCUGGAGUCUGGGGUGAUCGAGUUACUCUGCAGUCUGACUCAGAGCGACAGCCCCGCUCUGAGGGUGAACGGCAUCUGGGCCCUCAUGAACAUGGCGUUCCAGGCCGAUCAAAAGGUGAAGGUGGAGAUUGUCCGCUGUUUGGGCACAGAGCAGCUGUUCCGUCUCCUAUCCGACCCCGAUGCCAACGUCCUGAUGAAGACUCUCGGUCUGCUGCGUAACCUGCUGUCCACGCGCCCGCACAUCGACCAGAUCAUGAGCUCUCAUGGGAAGCAGAUCAUGCAGGCAGUGACUCUGAUCCUGGAAGCCGAGCACAGCGCAGAGGUCAAAGAGCAGACGCUGUGCAUCCUGGCUAACAUCGCCGAUGGAAACACCGCCAAGGAACCUAUCAUGACAAACGACGACAUGCUGCAGAAAGUUAAAUAUUACAUGGGACACUCCAACGUCAAGCUGCAGCUCGCCGCCACCUUCUGCAUCUCAAACCUGAUCUGGAAUGAGGAGGACGGUUCUCAGGAUCGCCAAGACAAGCUGAGGGAGAUGGGCUUCGUAGACGCCCUGCACAAACUCACACAGUCUACCGACCCCAACCUCAGCGACAGGGCAAAGACUGCGUUGCAGCAGUACCUAGCAUGACUACAGUGGGCAGCGAUCCUCUACUGCCAGCCUAACUAACAGGAGGACGCCCGCCGGUCCGCCUGAGGGUUUAUGUUUGGGAUUAAACUCUAGAGACUUGCACAAAGACACCUUUUUAUUUUUUGGGAGCUGUGAGACACUUUUCUCCUGCCUCCCAGCCUCGGCGGGUCUACUCAGGCCCGGCUCGUCCUGGAUGAAGGCUGUGAAACUGUGGAAGACUUAAGGAAGUUUGUCUUUUUUUUGCUUGAGGUGGAUCUUUCUAGGUUUUGACUCUGGAAGAGAAGCGCUGGAAGUGGCUGUUUGGACUCCGGAUGUUGGAGAAUCUCAUGGAUUCGUCUGCAUCUCACAGAGAUGCUGUUGGACAGGAGAACCUCCUGGAUUAAUAUUUCUGUUAAUAUUUAUGUCUACCUGAGGCAUCGUUUGCAAGGAUAUAUUUGGAAGAAAUGCCUAUUUUGAAACUUUGGAUGUUUUAUUUUUUUGUGGACCUAUACCUCGUAAAUAUAUAUAUAUAUAUAUAUAUAUAUAUAUAAAUAUAUAUGGAUUUAAACCUAAAUAUAUAUUUUUGGAUUUUUAUUUUCCCCUCUCCCUGCCCAUGGGUUUGAUCCGUUUGCUCUCGCCGUGUCCCUCUGCAGCCUGGUUUUAACUUCUUCAAACCUUGGAUUUUUUCUGUCUGCGGUGGUGAAAAAUGAAAUUUAAGGGUUUGUGUUCAGCGACCCAAGCGACUGCUUGCCUGCGACCUCUGCCAGGUGUCCUUAUGCUCCCCAUGGGAAACGUAGAGCUGGCGUCGCUCGGUCUGAUCCGCUCCGUGAUUAGAGGACGUGGAGAAGCUCUCCUACAAUCAGGGUGCCUCGGCUGAUGCUCUCUGACAUUUUAAAGUGAAGCUCUGAUGGAUGAAUGUCACUAAUGAAAUAUAUGCAGACCUGCAGAAGGACUCCUUGGUGUCGUGUGUUAUUUCUCCUGUCAGGAGAAGCGUAGAGGUUGGUUUGCUCGUUAAACGUGUUCCUUUCUGAUCUCAUCCGUCACUGUUUGCUGUCUGACUUUAUGAUUUGUUACUGAUAUCACUUUAGAUGCUCUUUGUCCCUUUUUUGGUUAUUUUCUUACAA